ACGAAUCUCCUCCCCAGCCGUGAGUGAAGGCACGUGCGUGUGCGUGUGUAUUUACCGUUUGGGCUGAAGCAUGGACCCGGCACCUUGGCAGUUUGGAGGCUAGAGAGAGGGAGUUGUGAAAAUAACAGCCGCUCCUCCGGGGGAUGCUGGGCCUGGAUGCCAACACGAGAGGAUUUCUGGCCGACCCGACGUUCCCCGGUUGAAACCGCCGGCCUCCUGCUGGCCUGGGGUUCACCCAACACAUUGAUCCUUGAGGCUGUGCCCCUUGGGGCACCCACGUGACAGGACCGGCCACCAUGCGCCUGGGCUCCCUGCUGGCUCUGCUGCGACCAGCACUGCCCCUCAUCCUCGGGCUGUCCCUGGGGUGCAGCCUGAGCCUCCUGCGGGUUUCCUGGAUCCAGGGUGAGGGAGAAGAUCCCUGUGCGGACGCCGUGGGGGAGCCAGGAGGGCCCCAGAACCCAGACUCAAGAAGCCGGCUGGACCACAGCGAUGAAGACUUCAGGCCCCGGAUUGUCCCUUACUACAGGGAUCCCAGCAAGCCCUACAAGAAGGUGCUCCGGACUCGCUACAUCCAGACCGAGCUGGGCUCUCGGGAGCGGCUGCUGGUGGCCGUCCUGACCUCCCGGGCCACGCUGUCCACCCUGGCCGUGGCCGUCAACCGCACCGCGGCCCACCACUUCCCCCGCCUCCUCUACUUCACGGGGCAGCGGGGGGCCCGAGCUCCCGUGGGGAUGCAGGUGGUGUCCCUUGGGGACGAGCGGCCUGCCUGGCUCAUGUCGGAGACCCUGCGCCACCUGCACGCCCACUUCGGGGCGGACUACGACUGGUUCUUCAUCAUGCAAGACGACACCUACGUGCAGGCCCCCCGGCUGGCAGCCCUGGCCGGCCACCUCAGCAUCAACCGGGACCUGUACUUGGGCCGGGCCGAGGAGUUCAUCGGCGCCGGCGAGCAGGCUCGGUACUGCCACGGGGGCUUUGGCUACCUGCUGUCGCGGAGUCUCCUGCUGCGCCUGCGGCCGCACCUGGACAGCUGCCGGGGAGACAUUCUCAGUGCCCGUCCCGACGAGUGGCUCGGCCGCUGCCUCAUCGACUCUCUGGGUAUUGGCUGUGUUUCGCAGCACCAGGGGCAGCAGUAUCGCUCCUUUGAACUGGCCAAGAAUAGGGAUCCUGAGAAGGAAGGGAGCCUGGCUUUCCUGAAUGCCUUCACCGUGCACCCCGUCUCGGAAGGCUCCCUCAUGUACCGGCUCCACAAGCGCUUCAGUGCUCUGGAGUUGGAGCGGGCAUACAGUGAAAUAGAGCAACUACAGGCUCAGAUCCGGAACCUGACGAUGCUGACCCCCGAGGGAGAAGCGGGGCUGAGUUGGCCCGUGGGGCUCCCGGCCCCUUUCACGCCACACUCGCGUUUCGAGGUGCUGGGCUGGGACUACUUCACAGAGCAGCACACCUUCUCCUGCGCAGACGGGGCCCCGAAGUGCCCGCUGCAGGGGGCCAGCCGGGCGGACGUGGGGGACGUGGUGGACACGGCCCUGGAGCAGCUCAACCGGCGCUACCAGCCCCGCCUGCGCUUCCAGAAGCAGCGGCUGCUCAACGGCUACCGGCGCUUCGACCCCGCCCGGGGCAUGGAGUACACCCUGGACCUGCUGCUGGAGGCCGUGACCCAGCGCGGGCACCGGCGGGCGCUGGCCCGCAGGGUCAGCCUGCUGCGGCCCUUGAGCCGGGUGGAAAUCCUGCCCAUGCCCUACGUCACCGAGGCCACCCGGGUGCAGCUGGUUCUGCCCCUGCUCGCGGCCGAAGCCGCCGCCGCCCAGGCUUUCCUCGAGGCGUUCGCGGCCGGCGUGCUCGAGCCCCGGGAGCACGCGCUGCUCACGCUGCUGCUGGUCUACGGGCCCCAGGAAGGCGGCCGCGGGGCCCCGGACCCCUUCCUCGGGGUGAAGGCCGGCGCGGCGGAGUUGGAGCGGAGGUACCCUGGCGCGAGGCUGGCCUGGCUGGCCGUGCGAGCCGAGGCCCCGUCCCAGGUGCGGCUCAUGGACGUGGUCUCCAAGAAGCACCCGGUGGACACGCUCUUCUUCCUCACCACCGUGUGGACGAGGCCCGGGCCCGAGGUCCUCAACCGCUGCCGCAUGAACGCCAUCUCCGGCUGGCAGGCCUUCUUCCCGGUUCACUUCCAGGAGUUCAACCCGGCCCUGUCACCGCAGAGAUCAGCCCCGGGAGGUCCGGGGGCCGGCCCCGACCGCCCGUCCCCUCCGGGCGCCGACCUGUGGCGGGGGGCGUCUGCGGGCGGCAGGUUUGACCGCCAGGCGUCCGCAGAGGGCUGCUUCUACAACGCCGACUACCUGGCGGCCCGGGCCAGGCUGGCGGGGGAACUGGCAGGCCAGGAAGAGGAGGAAGCCCUGGAGGGGCUGGAGGUGAUGGAUGUUUUCCUCCGGUUCUCAGGGCUCCACCUCUUUCGAGCCGUAGAGCCAGGGCUGGUGCAGAAGUUCUCCGUGCGGGACUGCAGCCCGCGGCUGAGCGAGGACGGCUACCACCGCUGCCGCCUCAGCAACCUGCAGGGGCUGGGGGGCCGCGCGCAGCUGGCCAUGGCGCUCUUCGAGCAGGAGCAGGCCAACAGCACCUAGCCCGCCCCGGCCCGCACCCUCUCUGUGACUCUGCCUUU